GCCGCCGAAGGACGUCGUGUGCGCAUGCGCACAACUCCGGGAGCUUGAAUUAUUACUUUUUCUGCUUCUCUUUUCGGAUUUUAUCAUUCGUGCCGCCCUUUGCGGCUCGAAAAUCCACGUUUUUGCGUAUUUAAUGGCACUUUUAUUAUUUUAAAUGAUGAUUAUUUUUGUAAUGUGAGGAGUAGUUGGUAAAAAAAGACGAGGCGAGCCGUUUUCGGUCGUUGUUGCAGUCGGACUAUGUCGACAAAUAAAACAAAGAAAGUCAAAAUGGCUACGAAAUCGUGUCCCGAAUGCGACCAACAGAUUCCCGUGGCGUGCAAAUCGUGCCCGUGCGGCUACGUCUUCAUCAGCAGGAAACUCCUCAAUGCCAGAUUGAACGAGUGCUCGUCGGCAAACGCGGCGGACAAGCUGGAGUGCAAGCGUCGUCGCACCGAGCGCAUCCGCCGCGACCGUCUGGACUCUGGAGGUGGGACGGCGCCGGGCGAGGGGGCGGACAGCAGGAGGCCCCGCCCCAGGAGCAACAGCCAGUCGGACCCCGUCCGCAGGGGGCGCGGACGGCCCAAGACCGUCGGCCUCAAGAAACACGACGACGAAAAAGACAAACAAGAGAAGGAAGCCGACUUGUACGCGGGACUGUCAGAUGAGCGGGCUUUCGUCUUCUCUGUGGCGCUGGCCGAGAUCAACCGCAAGAUCCUGGCUCAGACGCUCAUUUUGUAGCCGGCGCCUCCAUCACGGACGCUCGCCGGGACUUUGGCUCCACACACACAUACUUAGAAAUAAUUAUGGACAGAAAAACAAUGUGAUGACACACACACACACACACACACACACACACAAAAAAUCUAUGUUGACACAAAUGUAGACUUCAUAAUACUUGACAUGACACGGGAAAUGGGGCCAAUUUUCAAAAUAAAUUCAAAUAUAUUCAAAACCAAAGCUGCUACUGACCUAAAACGAAAACAGGCACCUACCUUAGCCAUAUAUGAGUCUCCAUGAGCAGUGGCAUCAAAAAAUUCAAAGUCGUUCCCUUAUAAAAUCCGUAUUAAUUAUUUUUAUGUAAAUAUAACAAAAUUUAAAAUGGCUAUAAAAUGAUCAGAUUUUACACUAGAUGCACAGAAAUCACCAAAUGCAGAGGUUAAAGUUUUCAGCAGCUACGAAAUCACUCAAUUUGACAUCAGAAACUUAAUACUUGAGGAAAACAUGCAGAAUCAAUUAUAAAUAAAUUAUUAUUAAAUUCUAUAUACACAACUCAUAGAAUAGAAUAGCCCUUUAUUAUUAUUUUACAGUUAUACAAUUAAAUUGUGGUGCAUCCCUUUACAGUGAAGGAUAAGUUAAAAUCUCAAAAGUUACGUGAAAGUAGGAAAUCUAAAUAAAUAUACAGUGCCCUCCAUAAUUAUUGGAUGAUUGUUAAAAGAUGUGUUAAAAGUCUUAAAAUAGAUUUAUUGUUUAUUGCAGAAGAAUACUGUCACACUGAAAAUUUUAGGAAAAUGUAACCUUCAACUCAAAAGAAUUGUAAGAAAAUUAAAAAAUCCCUGACUAAAAAAAUAAUUAUUUUUCAUUAAAUCACCUGUUCCCCAAUUAUUGGCACCCUUAACAAUUCCCAGGAAUAAUUUAAGCAUUUCUGUCAUUUCUACAGUAGUUUACAAAGUUUCCCAGAGUAUUUAGGAACAUUUAAUUAGUAAUUCAUCACUUCCUGUUUCCCUGGGGUAUAAAUAUGACGUGACACAGAGGCCAUUUCUCUUGUCCACUCUUAAACAUGGGAAAGACAAAGGAACACAGCAUACAAGUGAGGCAGAUGUGCGUCGACCUUCACAGGUCAGGCACAGGCUACAAGAAGAUUGCCACUCAACUGCAGCUGCCAUAUCCACUGUAAAAAGAAUAAUUAAGAAGUUUAAAACAACUGGAACAGUGGUAAAAAAAGACGAGGACCCAUACCUGUCAACCCGACGCUGUUGGCAAUCUUACAAAUAGUGACGUAUGCCCUUACAAAUUGGUGACUAAUCUUACAACGUUCUAUAUAGCGUGCAAUAUGAAACAAAAAUGAAACUCAAUUUUUAAAAUAAUAUGAAUUUAUUGGUGAUAUUGUAACACAAAACCUGGUGCAAUCAGAACAAUCAAUAUCAUCAGCAAUAUCAUGAUUACUAAAAUUUAACAGUGACUUUUGUUAUAAUUGUAUGUGGCACUUUUGGCAAUUUCUAUCAUGUCUUGAUGGCUGCACUUCAUGGCAUUUCAGCUCUCAAUUCAGGUUGACUUGAAGGUAGUUUGUUAGUGUGUCCAAUAAAUUAAAAAGGGCACUUGAUAAAAUUAACUUACCGAUGCAAUCUUCGAGUCAGGGAACAUUUCUUUUGCUAAUUCUGAGAAGUUAUAGCAGUAGUUGCACGCAAAUUGUGUUCAGCAACAAAUUGGCAGAAUGAAAUCUCGGCUUUCGUCACUUUUCAUUCUGCAGACUUCAUCUAUCUGACCGGUGUUGGUAAUCUUACUUUUAAAAAGUAAUUAAUUAGUUACAAAUUACUUCUCCCAAAAAGUAAUUGAGUAACUCAGGUCAGGUAACUCAGUUAUCUGAAGGUAAGAGUAAUUAGUUACUUGGCAAAGUAACUGGUGUUACAUUUCAUGUUUUUUUUUCAUAAAAAAAAAACAUAGUAACCUUUGCUAUGUUUGGAAACCGUUUAAUGGUUUGAAUCAACUGUUAAAGUUGUUAAAAUUGCGACCGUUUUUGCAUUAGUUCCCUUCUGUCUACUUUCGACAUGUUAAAGUUUUAAAACUGUUUCAUCAUUUAAAGAUCGAUUCAAGUCAAGAUUUUGCCGAUUUAGGAGUAUUAAAGUUACUUAAGUUCGCUAGGAAGGUUCACUACAACAGAGCCUUUCUGAGAAGUCUACUGCUUCAAAAUGGUGGCUGUUUAUUAACGCUGCCGUCUGUCAUUUUGCAUGUAGUUCUAUAAGAAUUUGAUAUCUAGGCGUAGAUUGUAGGCUGUCGGCUACAGUCAGGAAAUAUUGGAGUCACCUUGCCUAGUAUCACGUUUGCUACAGCGUCAAAACACUCUUCUCUCUCAGUGUCUCUGACUUUUCUCAAGUCAUUCAACCAACGUAGUAACGGGGACACGCAUUGUCUCGGUGCGGAAACGGUGACAAAAUCCGAACGGAGAAAAAAAAAAAACGUAAUGCACGAAAAGCGUAGAUUUUGAAUGUACGGCGUACACAUUUAAAAAUUGGUGCUCACUUGUACAAAUUACGACGAAACCGAACAACUUGACAGGUAUGAGGACCCAAGUUUGUUUUGCCACCACGCACAGUGUGGAGGAUGAUAAGAGAAAUCAAAAGAUCUCCAAAGCUCACUGUUACAGAAUUACAUCAAAUGGUAGCAUCCUGGGGUCACAAAGUCUCCAAAUCAACCAUCAGGCGCUGUCUACACGCCAACAAGCUGUUUGGGAGGCAUGCACGGUGAAAACCUUUCCUCACAAUCAAAUGCAAACGUCUGGAGUUCGCCAAGCGGUAUUGGGGCUUCAACUGGGGCCGUGUGCUUUGGUCAGAUGAGACCAAGAUUGAGCUUUUUGGCAACAAACACUCUAAGUGGGUCCGGCAUGCCACGAAAGAUGCGCAUGCUGAAAAGCACCUCAUACCCACUGUGAAGUAUGGGGGUGGGUUAGUGAUGCUGUGGGGCUGUUUCGCUUCCAAAGGCCCUGGGAACCUUGUUAGGGUGCAUGGCAUCAUGAAUGCUUUGAAAUACCAGGACAUUUUAAAUCAAAAUCUUUUGCCCUCUGCCCGAAAGCUGAAGAUGGGUCGUCACUGGGUCUUUCAGCAAGACAAUGACCCUAAACAUAUGGCCAAAUCUACACAGAAAUGGUACACCAGACACAAAAUCAAGCUCCUCCCAUGGCCAUCUCAGUCCCCAGACCUCAACCCCAUUGAAAACCUAUGGGGUGAGCUGAAGAGGAGAGGACCCAGGUCUCUGGAUGAUUUAGAGAGAUUCUGCAAAGAGGAAUGACUGAAGAUCCCUCUUUCUGUCUUUUCCCAUCUUGUGAAACAUUAUAGGAGAAGAUUAGGUGCUGUUUUGUUGGCAAAAGGGGGUUGUACAAAGUAUUAACACCAGGGGUGCUAAUAAUUGUGACACACAUUAUUUGAUGUCAAAUAAUUAUUUAUGUGGGAUUUUUUCCCCCACUGAAUAAACGUGCUUGUAUUUAAGGUUGGAUUUUUCUCUUUUUUUCCAUUAAGGUCCCAUUUUAUUUAGAAAAAAAAAUCAUUAGAAGAUAAAAAACACAUCUUAACCAGGGGUGCCAAUAAUUAUGGAGGGCACUGUAAAAUGCGUACGAGAUCAUCCUAUAAUUCAGGCAGUGCAAAUAAUCGAUAUGGUGUUACCAGGAUGUGAGCGUCAUCUUUCAACAAUCACAUAGCCUUGCAAUAGACUUGUACAAGUCCCUGUUCCUCGCCAUCUCCUUUCUGACCUCCUCGACUCUGCUCCUUUUCCUGCCGACCGGCCACUCCAAGGCCUUGUGCUUCCUCGCUUCUGAAUUCACAUCCUUGGAGAAGUUUGCACCAAAACAGUUGAAGAGGGACCGCCAAGAACUCCAGAAGGUGCUCUUGUGGUUCCUGCACAUGAGGGAGUCCCACAGCGACAUUCAGAUGGACGCCAUGUGGGCCACGGGGAGAGAUGGCCGCUUGAAGACCGCCCAGCCCGUCUCCAGGUCUCUCUUGUCCUCUUGAACAUCUUCAGGACGUCGGCCCUGUGUUCCUCCUUGCCCGUGCGACCGUGUUGGGGUUGACAACCGCCAUGAUGGGCCCGACGCUCUGCUUCCCGAUCGAAGAGUGCGCAAGCACCUUCUGGAUCAAGUUGUAGCCGGCCUUGACAGACUUCUAGUUCUCCCACCUGGCCAGCACCUUCCGGUGUUCUGUCAAAAUUUGCUCCCUUAUAAAUUUUGCUCCCAAAGCUUUUGUGGCGCUGAAAAAGCCCUCUUUUACAUUCAUUUGGACUCUCAAUGAUAUCCAAAGGUGCUAACUAAACUAGAUACAUCAUAAACAUACAUGUGCAACAAAAAAAAUGGCUUAAAUUAAUACUUAACGACACGGCGAAGUCGUUAACAGUGAGAGAGCAGGGUGCAGUUGUAUGCCGCUAACAUGGUAGGAUGUGUCUGAGGAAAACUUUUCUACAUCUCUUUCCAUGAUCAGACUUAAGUAAAUAUUCCUUUCUUUAAAGAAAGUUUGUAGUAUUAACUUUGGAAUUGCUGCAUUCGCGGCCACUUUUAACAUUACGCGCAUGCGCAGAACUGCAAAGUAGCAAUUUUUGAUGGGUUGCAAAAUUUGUCAGAACACCGGCUCGAGCAAUGGGCCGUCCUCAUCCUCUCAGGCUUCUAAAAAACAUGUUUGUUUUAGAAAGACAGGUGUUUUGAUUAAUCUUUUUUUGUAAAGUGAAUAAUGCUGGCCACUUACUUCAGCCCCAGGACACCUGGGCAGCACCAUACAGCUGUUGUUGUAGAAGGUGCUGUAGAUGUUCUUCCAAAAGUAGACGAAGAUCUGCUUGUUGCCGUCGGCGUAGGGGUUGGUGUAGGACCGUGGUGUUUCACUGAAAGUUAUUAGAUUGAAAUAGUACAUAAAAUAAAACACGUAGAUUGAAAUAGUACAUAAAAUAAAACACGUAAAAGCUGCUUGUUUUUUUUUUAAUAUGGAUGCAGAAAUGGCUAAAAUAAAAUUUAGCGACACAAAAUCCAACAUGGCCACCAUAGCAAAACCAUGAGAUUUUUGCGUUGAAAAUUCUUGUGAAAAAAUGCUUAAUGAGUAUGUCAUGCCCUGGGAAAAUGUUAAUAUUCCAUCAUUUAUCCAUAAACGCAUGCCUUUUGUAUUCAUAUCAUGCCACUUCGUGUAAUUACACACAAGAAAAUGAGAGAAAUUUGGCUCGAUUGUCAAGCUAAAACGACCGGCACCCGAGAUCUGGCAGAUUGUGUGCGUGACGUCACUACAAGUGAAAAGAGUGCCACCGGCCACUUGGGGGCAGCGCCUGUCUGCAUCAAUAUAAUUCCUUCUAGUGAGGGGAGGAUUAGGGGUAUUUUGAGCUGUUCAUGUUGAUGCAUUGUGUUCGUCCUGCACAUAUUCCAGGUUCCCUCAUGAAGAAACACCCCUUGUUGUCUAUAAAAGAGAAUUCAGAAUUGACAGUGAGAGGUGUUUGUUCAACAAGAAAAAGGCUCAGUGCUUUAAUACUGAAUGGCGGCGAUGAUGGCAGACAAUUUCGUUUCUAGUUUCAGCGACGAAUCCGACGUAGAAAGACGUAACGAAUGUUCAUCUAAUGGUGACGAGGAGAGUUACGAAGCUUUAAUCGGUGCUUUAGGUUACCAAUUUGAGCCCAAACGAACGCAUAUGCAGCAUAAUGAAACAGUCAUUGAGGGGAGCAAUGACACUGAUGAAAAAUCGGCAGCAGAUCGUGUGGGAAACACCAAUGAUUUGUUUUGCAUUUCUUUUUGUAAAGCUGAUACACCGUGACCGCAAAAUAAAGUAAUGCAUAGAAUAGUUAUCAUUUAUUGCGCUAUCAUAGCUUUUCGCUCUGCCAACAGACGCAAAUAUGAAUGGGAUCAGAGGAUUUCUUCUAUAUAUUUUACGAGCGAUAAUUUAUACAUGUGUCCAGUUCUGUAUACAAUGCGUGAUAUUUUUUUAUUAUAAAAGAGUACUCACUCUGGCCAUUUCGAGCUUAGCUGCUCCCCUCCUUUGCUUAGCCUUAGCCUCCUUUGCCAGUCAUCGUCCCCUUUCUUGAUAUCUCGGGACAUUUAGGUGGCUGCGCGUGUAUGGUAGGCACCGCAUCUGCUUUCAGCAGCAAUCUUUUAGCAAAACCCGAUUUCACUUGUCCAUAGUUCGAGAAGAUUUCAGGUGGAAAAUUGGCACAGCAGAAAACCGUGCCGGAGGCUGUGUCUAGAAAAUUAGCCCUCUUUGCACGGACGAACUUUACCCAUUGUCUGCGUAAUCCAGCUUUUUUUUCCCGCGUUCAGGAACUCAUGGAUACUAUAUUCCGAUAAAUAGCUAUUUUUACACCACAUAGCACAGCAGUUUUGAACCAUUUUACUGAUGUUUUGGUUAAACAAACCCGAACGCUACUGUCUCGUCGAUAAAAAACAAUGGCACCUGGCUCCGCCUCGACUUUCAUUCACUUGUCGUGACGUCCCCGCCCCAUUCGGCUGUUUCCGCAACACUUUCGGAAAUGUUCGUCAUUUUCGAUCUAUUUUCGAUAAUUGCUCAUUAAUGUGAUUGAUUUUUUUGUUAACUUUAUCAAUAUUUGUUAUCUUGGCACAUAACGGUUCUAUUGAUGUCUCACACCCCCUUUGCCGUUUCAUACCCUUUAAAUCCCUGAAUUCUUCAUAGAUAUGGACGUAAAACAUUCUCAAUUCCUACGUUAAAAGUAAAAAAACUGUGCAGGUAGCAUUUAUUUUACGUAAAUAUUGCAAAUGUGCGGCUCGUCUUAAGUUCACUGUGGCGCUGCCUUAGCACAAGUCCACAACAAAGAGCUUUUUACAUUGAAAUUCUUGUGAAUAAAUGCUUAAAUCCCUCAAUUCUUUAUAGAUAUGGACGUAAAAUAGUCUUGAUUCUUGGUUAAAAGCAAAAAAAUGGGCAGGUGCCAGGUAGCAUUUAUUUUACGUAAAUAUUGCGAAUGUGCGGCUCGUCUUUUAAGUUCACUGUGGCGCCGCCUUACCACAAGUCCACAAUAAAGAGCUUUUUACGUUGAAAUUCUUGUGAAUAAAUGCUUAAAUCCCUCAAUUCUUUAUAGAUAUGGACGUAAAACAGUCUUGAUUCCUACGUUAAAAGCAAUAAAACCGUGCAGGUAGCAUUUAUUUUACGUAAAUAUUGCGAAUGUGCGGCUCGUCUUUUAAGUUCACUGUGGUGCCGCCUAACAAGUCCACAACAAAGAGCUUUUUACGUUGAAAUUCUUGUGAAUAAAUGCUUAAAUCCCUGAAUUCUUUAUAGAUAUGAAUGUAAAACAGUCUUGAUUCUUGGGUAAAAGCAAAAAACUGGGCAGUUGGCAGUUCUUUUACGUAAAUAUUGUGAGGUGUAAUACCAACGCUGUGGUUGCUAAUUUCUCCCAUUGUUUUGUUUCCACAAUGUUUUAAAAUGCAUGCAUGGUACGAAAAAUAUAAUAAUUACCUUGAAUCCUCGAACAAAUCACUCCUGAGACAAUCCUUCUUGUUAGAAUGCGGUCCAGCUUUCGUACAUUUUAAAUGUAAAUUCGGCUUUCACUCCUACUGAUUUCUAUUAAAUGAAGCUGAGUCACACGUCCCCCUUCGGGCAGGCGGGGCGCAGAGAAUGACGAACCUUUCUAGUCAAGUAUCUCAAUGUCUCUGGUUGACAAUAAAAAUGCAGCAAUUACUGAUUUUGAUGACAUAAAAAAUGACGGUUCACGGUUUACAGGAGGAAAAUAUUUGAA